GGACACACCAUUUGGAAUGCGAAAUCUGAUCUGAAUCUGGUUUUUUUUUUUCCUUCCCUUCUUCGCUCGGCGAGAAGAGAAAAAGUAUGGAGGCAGAGAAUAGUCUUCCUCCUGGGUUCAGGUUCCAUCCGACAGACGAAGAACUCAUCACGUAUUAUCUGACACCGAAGGUGUCCGAGAGGAGCUUCACUUCGAAAGCCAUCGUUGACGUCGAUCUCAACAAGUGCGAGCCUUGGGACCUCCCUGGCAAAGCGUCCAUGGGAGAGAAAGAAUGGUACUUCUUCAGCUUGAGAGACAGGAAAUACCCGACUGGACUCCGGACCAACCGAGCGACAAGAGCGGGCUAUUGGAAAACCACCGGAAAGGACAAGGAGAUUUUCCGAGCCGGGCUUCUCGUCGGAAUGAAGAAAACCCUAGUGUUCUACGGCGGUAGAGCCCCGAGGGGCGAGAAAAGCAAUUGGGUCAUGCACGAAUAUAGGCUGCAAAGCGAGCACCGGUGUCGAUCCACGGACGGAUGGGUGGUUUGCAGGGUUUUCCAGAAGAGCUCGGCGACGAAGAAGCUGCAGACGGCAUCCUCACCGCCUUCUCCCGAUUCUCCCAUUGCUGAAGAUAUGACGAUUGCAAACUAUUACGGAGAUCAAAUGGAGACAACCAACAGCAGUCCAAGCACCAUUAUCCCCAGUUCAGGUGCAUUUAGCAAUCUUCCAUCAGGACUUGCUCGCAAUAGCUCCACUAACUUUAACAACAACUUGAAUUGGCCAUCGGCAAGAGAACCGACAAGCUUGCCGCCGCCGCCAUGGCCUUCCAGCUUUCUAAGCUCGAACUCGCCGUGGAAUUCUCUCAUCCUCAAAGCAUUGCAGUCAAGGACUUUCCAAGCAAGAGAAGUCGCCGCCGCCAUGCCUGACUACUCGUUACUAUCCCAUGGGACUUCUCAUCUUGGGCAUGAUCCAAGCCUCGCGAAUAAUUCUUCAAGACCUUUCGAGCCUGGAACCGACCGAGGGCCGCCGGCGCCACCAUUCAAUUGGACUACUCCAUAUGAAGGCAAUUAAAAUUCUAAAAGUUAACGCCUACAAUGGUGUAACUCUUACUCAUCUCUUGCAUAAUUUUAUGUGAACAAGUGGGGCUAAAUCCCCGCAGUACUAUACGUUAGCACUUUGGUGGUGGAGGAGCUGCAACCCGCUGCUAGUCCCACCACCACAUCAUUGUAACUUUUGAGAAAGAAGUCAAAGCGAUUUGCCUGA